AUGAAGACCGCCACUGCCGCAACUACAAAACGCCCCCACUUCCAUCCUUUGGAUCAGCUUUCAGGUGAUGAAGUCGUCCACGUCGCCCAGAUUGUCCGUGAAGCCAAGGCUGGUAUGAACUUUGUUUUCAACACCAUUACCCUCAAGGAACCUCCCAAGCCAGUCAUGAUGUCUUUCCUUGGUUGGGAUGCCAGCAAGCCCCGUGUUACCCACGUCGAGCGUGAAGCUUUGGUGAUUAUCUUGGAAAAGGUUACCAUGAAGGUCUAUGAAUCCGUUGUUUCGCUGGAUACCAACUCGGUCAAGUCGUGGAAGUAUGUUCCUGAUGUCCAGCCCAUUCUCACCAUGGAUGAAAUGUUUGAAGUCGAGGAAUUGGUGCUCAAGGAUGAAGGUGUCCGUGCCGAAUGCGCCGAAUUAGGCAUCACUGAUAUGUCAAGCGUCUUUUCGGAUCCUUGGGCCAUUGCUCGCCACGUCAACUAUCCUGGCCGUAGCAAGCGCAUGAUGCAAGCUUUGAUGUAUAUGCGUACCUGUGAGGAUGACAACCAGUACGCUCAUCCAUUGGACUUUGUUCCCGUCAUUGACUUGGGUUUGAUGAAGGUUGUUUCCAUUGAGCGUAUCAAGCCUCGCAACAGUAAGUUUACUCGCCCUACCAUUCCGCUCCAGCAGCACAACUUUUUGCCCGAGUUUGUUGGCGAGGAGAACUACCGCAAGGAUAUCAAACCUAUCAUUGUGCAGCAGCCUCAGGGCGUGUCAUUCACGGUCAAGGGUACUGAAAUUGAUUGGCAAAAGUGGAACAUGCGCAUCUCCAUGAACUACCGUGAAGGGUUGGUCAUUCACAAUGUCAGCUAUCGUGAUGGCGCCCAGAUCCGUCCCCUUUUUUACCGCAUCGCCUUGUCCGAAAUGGUGGUACCCUAUGCCGAUCCCAACACGCCCCACCACCGCAAGCACGCCUUUGACGUUGGUGAAUAUGGUUUGGGUCUCUGCACCAACGCUUUGACUUUGGGCUGCGACUGUCUGGGUUCGAUCUACUAUUUUGACGCUGUGUUCAACGACCACAAUGGCAAGCCUUUCCACGUGCCCAACGCAGUGUGCCUCCACGAGGAAGACCAUGGGGUUUUGUUCAAGCACACCGAUUAUCGGAACGGUCGGGCUCACACUGUCCGAUCCCGUCGUCUUGUGAUCUCGCAGAUUGUCACUGUCGCUAACUACGACUACGGCUUGUACUAUUACUUUUAUCAAGACGGUACCUUUGAAUACGAAGUCAAGGCCACGGGUGAGCUCAACACGCACGUCAUGGCCGAAGACGAAACGCCCGGCGACUAUGGUGUCACGGUGGCUCCCCAGAUCAGUGCUCAAUACCACCAACAUUUCUUCACCAUGCGUAUCGACCCUAUGAUUGAUGGCCCCAACAACUCGGUUGUCCAGUACGACACUUACCGAUCGCCUUUCCCAACGGGCCAUGAGCGCAACAUGUACGGCAAUGCUUUCUAUGCCAAGCCAACCGUUCUCAAGGACACUUUCGAGGCCCAAUCACAUGCCAACUUUGAUACUGCCCGUUUCUGGAAGAUUGUCAACGAGGAUCAUAUUCACCCUUACACUAAGUCGCCCGUUGGCUGGAAGCUCAUGUCGCACCAUGUUACCCCCUUCUUCCCUGGUGAUGACUCUGUGGUCGCUGAGCGUGCUCCGUUCGCAAAGAAGGCUUUGUGGGUUACUCCGUAUGACGAGGAUCAAAUGUUCGCUGGUGGCUUCUACUGCAAUCAAUCGGAUGGCCGGGACAGCGUUGAGAAAUGGGCCAAUCGCGAGCGUCAAAGUGUUCACCAAAAGGAUAUCGUCGUCUGGUUCACGUUUGGAAUUACUCAUUUGCCACGCGUCGAGGAUUUCCCAGUCAUGCCUGUUGAAAUGAUCGGUUUUAUGAUGAAGCCAGCCAACUUCUUCAUUGCAAACCCUGCAUUGGACGUGCCCCCCACCAACGAGGCCGCCAACAAGUCUGUUCAUGCCAAUGCUAGUGCAACAUCAUGCUGUUCUCCCCCGAACGGCAACAAGCUUUAA